CUGUCUUUUCUUCGAGCGCGGUCAGGAUGAGAACAGCACUGUUCAUUGUUUAUCUCCUUUCUGCGCUGACAGAGAUAGCACAGGCAACACCAGCAGGGAGCAUCGACCUUGUGGUUUCUCUGAAAAAUGGCCAAAUCCGAGGGGGAUAUGUGGCGGUGAAAGGCACAGAGCGGAGGGCAAAGGAAUACCUGGGAAUUCCCUUUGCCCGCCCCCCUGUGGGGCCCCUCCGCUUUGCUGCUCCCCAGGACCCAGAUCCUUGGGAGGGGGAGAGGGAUGGCACACACCAGCCCCCCAUGUGUAUCCAGGAUCCAGAAAUAGUUGUGAAUGUUUCUAGGACUAUGUCAAUGCAGUACACGCCACUAGAGCUUUCAGAGGACUGUCUGUAUCUGAAUGUGUACACUCCAGCUGAGGCAACACAAGGGGACAAACUGCCGGUGAUGGUGUGGAUCCAUGGAGGAGGUCUGGCGAUGGGCGCAGCUUCUCAGUAUGAUGGGGCUCCAUUAGCUGCUUAUGAAAACAUAGUGAUGGUUAUUAUCCAGUAUCGCCUUGGCAUUCUGGGAUUCCUGAGCACUGGAGACGAACAAGCUCAGGGCAACUGGGGAUUCUUGGAUCAGCUGGCAGCUCUAAGAUGGGUGCAGGAAAAUAUUGAGGCCUUUGGCGGCGAUCCACAAACUGUCACAGUCGCUGGAGAAUCUGCAGGGGGCAUCAGUGCAUCCAUACUGACUCUGUCUCCACAAGCCAAAGGAUUGUUUCAGAGGGCAAUUUUUCAAAGUGGAGUAGCCACACUGGGGACCUACACUACAAGCCAUCCUUUGAGUUACGCCAAGAUUGUAGCCAACCUUACUGGAUGUGACCGCAGUAGCACAGAGGAACUGGUCCUAUGUAUGAAGGGGAAAAGUAAAGACGAGCUGGUCGAUGCAACUAAAAGGAUGAGAAUCUACCUGGGAGCCGUGGUGGACGGCGUGUUUCUGACUGACACAGCAGAAGAGCUUCUCAAGAGGAAAGAAGUGCUGAAGGUUCCAGUGAUGAUGGGAAUAACCAACCAUGAGUUUGGAUGGAUCCUGCCUCAGAGCUUUGCCCCUCCUGGCUGGGAGAACGGUAUGAACAGAGAGUCCGUGCUGGCAGUGGUGAACAUGUUCAAUCCAACAGGGGCCUCCUCUGUCAACAGACUCAUCACAGAUGAAUACCUUAAAGAUACUAAAACACCAGAGGAGAUCAGAGACGGAUUCACUGAGGUCAUGGGAGACCUGCUGAUGACGCUGCCUGUGGUGAAGGUGGCCGGGUACCACUCAGAUGCGGGCGUUCCAGUUUACAUGUAUGAGUUUGUACACCGUGCUGAGAUACACAGACACACCAGGCCCAGCUUUGUGAAGGCAGAUCAUGCAGAUGAUGUUGGAUUCAUGUUUGGUGGAUGCUUCUGGAACGGACACAUAAAAAUCAUAGGCAACAUUACCAAGGAGGAUGAAAGACUUUGUAGGACCAUGAUGGCAUACUGGGCCAACUUUGCCCGUGCUGG